UCCGAAUCACAUGAAUAUUUUAUAGAUCUCGGGUUACAUCUUAAAAUUAAUUAAAUAAACAACAGAAUAACUACAUCUAUAUAUCUAAUUCUCCGUAAUAACAAGAAAUGGAAUAUUCUAUAGCACGGACAUUAAUUAAUGGUAUUAUGCAAAUACUGUUGCCUUGGCAAAAUGUUACCGUUAUACGAAUUUUUAUUUCAUUUUAAAUUAUCAAAUAAUUUAAUGAACAUCUUUUUGUAUAUAUUUAUUAUUGUCGAUGUCUGAGCAGAAUAUACAGUUACAUAUAUUUAAAUAUAUUUAAUAAUAUAACAAAUAUUUCUUAAAUAUUUUCUGACAGAUAAAAAUAGCAGAAAAAUAUAAUUUGAACGGACAGACGCAAACGAAUUUCCUAGUGAACAGUACAAUUCAUCGAAUCAUCGUAGACAUCGAUGGAAAUGUUUCGAACGCAUUGCUUCAAAUACCCAUGGGUGAGUUUGUCUUAAACGCUUGAUUAAAUUUUAGAGACGCAGCAGGCCAAGAUCAAUUCGAUAAAUCAAAUUAGCAGCAAAUUAACCAAUUCAUCAAACGUAAAUCUGUUUACGUCGACGCAAUAGCAGCUCGGGCCACGUGUUUUAAUACUACACGUCCAAUUUAGUUAUGCAUUGUAAACUAAAAAUAAUCUUCGAUCCUUAGUACGUAGAUUAGCAGGUGAAUUAAUAGCACUCGGCAAUUUUCAUGUCCAUGUUCAAUGUGCCGUGUUAUUUAUGCUGUACGCAUAUUUAUUACACGCGAAACACGCAACAGUGUCGAGGGACGUAACGGCGAUAUCUUGGACGCAUAAGGGAGACCCGAACGGAGUGAGAAUUGACACACGAAAUGCGCCACCUGGCGAGUGGCGGAUGAAACUUGUAGGGGUGGAAGAUUCGAAAUAUCGCUUCGUUGUGCAGGGUCUCGUGGACGAAGAGAACGACGUAGACAAACUGUUUUCGCCGAAUCUACGGUCGAACGAAAACAUCAACGAUGAAGCGAAUAAAUAUGAUCGUUCAAACAUUAAAAAGGAAGUAGAUAUAUCACAAGAUGAAAAGGAGACAUUUAAUGAUAAAAUAAUGCCGAUUAUUUCUGAUAUAACUGUGGUUGAACAACAAAAUUUGAAUGCUACAAGUAGUUACAAAUUAGUGGGGAACAGAAAGAUAACACGAGAAAGAUCACUAAAGUAUGUUAUUCAAGAUCGAGAUGAAAAUAAAGAAAUAAGGAAAGAAAUUUCAACAGAAUACGAUUUGUCGAUGAUUACUCCUAGUACUGAAAGCAUGCUGCUUAAUUUGUAUGAGUAUGUUACUAUCGUAGAUAUUAAUAAAAAUUUAACUGUUACUUCGAAUUCUUCAAAUGAGAAAUUUGUUGAAAGAAUGAUUCCAAUAGAGGAAUGGGAUAAGUCUCAUAAAAAAUCUUCUAUUGGAGUAAUCGAUAACCUCGACGUUGAUAUCAGAACACCAGUACAAAAAAAUGUUGGUACAUCUAUGAGGAUGAUAGAAACUUUAGAUAAUCGUGAACUAUCCGAGGAAUUGGCAAACUAUGCUAAUGAAAAUAUUAUCGAGGAGAAAACGAUGCUUAUAGAGGUAAACAGAAAUAGCAAUCUGCUUGUUACACCAGGAACGAUACACAGAAUAGUAUUUGAUGUGAUGAACAGUUGUAUUUUGCCUGUCAGAUAUGUAUUCAGAGUAAAGAGCACUCCUUUCAGAUUGUACAACAUUCAACCAGCCUACACAUGGAUAUAUCCCGGACAGGUGAGCAACGUAGCGGUAGAUUUGAUUGUACCUGAUAAUGCUGCACCGGAUACAGCUAACACUGUCACGUUGUUUAUCUUGGGUACAGAAAUAAAGGAAAAAUCUGUAUAUCUAUACGUAAAAGGAUCACUUUCAAAGCUAACCGAUGAUGUAAAGCCAACUACCGAAUAUUCUUUCAAUAAUAACUGCGCUGGAAAAUUGGUAAAAGACCGAUGCUAUAAAUCCCGUUGGAGCGUCGACAUUACAAUUCAAGAUUACGACUCAGGUCUGAAACGUGUGAUAUCGUCACUGAACAAUGUUUACCCACGUACGGAAUUUAUUAGUGGCACAAGAAGCCCUGUAACAUUCUAUUAUUCUGCUACGUGUUGUGAUAAGACAGUUAAAAUUACAGCAAUAGAUUUAUUAGAUAAUUACAGCACUAUAACUAUAGAUGUCACAGCAUGGAACAACUUAUCAGAAGCUGAGAUUGCAGCUAUUACAGUAGGAGCAUUGAUAGCUUUGUUAUUCAUUAUUGCGAUCACUGUCUUAAUUAUAUAUUGCAUUCGAAAAAGGAAAAGUCACAACUUGCCUUAUACACAACGAUAUGGAUCAAGACCACCUACGCAGUCAGAAAGGACUACUUUCUAAUUCUUUAUCAGUACUAAAAUGUAUAUCGCAGUAUGAUGUAGCUUAUAUUCAUCCUUGCUAUUAUAUAAGUUAAUAUUACAAACUAACAUUAGAUUUAAAAUACAUUUCUGUUAAUUAUAUCUACAAUAAUGUACAUAAGUUGUUGUUAAUAAAUGUUGAUAUUACCUUA